AUGGCAACGGCAACGGCGACGCUUCAACGGCAACGACGACGCUUCAACGGCAAUGGCAACGGAAACGGUGGGUGUUCAUCGGUAUUUCUUUUGCAACGCUUCAACGGCAGCGACGACGCUUCAAUGGCAAUGGUGACGCUUCAACGGCAACGCUUCAACGGCAACGGUGACGCUUCAAUGGCAACAGCAACGGCAACGACAACGCUUCAAUGGCAACGACAACGGCAACGGCAACGGCGACGGCAACGCUUCAACGGCAAUGGCAACGGAAACGUGAAUUCAGUGUACUACCAAAUGAUGAUUGAUGCCAUAGCUGCUACUGGUCUUGGUUACAAAGGUCCAUCUUAUCAUGCUGUACGGGUCCCUUUGUUGAGGGAUAAUAAGAAAGAAGUUCAGUUGUUGGUUGAGUCACAACGUAGGCAUUGGGCAGAAGUUGGAUGUACACUUAUGGCUGAUGGUUGGACAGAUACUAGACAUAGGUCAUUGAUUAAUUUCCUUGUUUAUUGUCCUAGGGGAAUGGUAUUUGUAAAAUCAGUUGAUGCCUCAGAUAUUGUGAAGAAUACUAGAAACUUGUUUAAAUUGUUUGAUGAAGUAGUUACAUGGGUUGGUCCAAAAAACAUAAUUCACUUGGUUACUAAUAAUGCUUCCAACUAUGUAUCUGCUGGUAAAUUGUUGUGUGAAAAGUAUAAAACUAUUAGUUGGUCUCCUUGUGCAGCACAUUCCCUGAAUCUUGUGUUGCAGGAUAUGGGGGAGAUGUCUCAUGUGGAGAGACUAAAAAAUCGUGCAACCAAAGUUACAGUUUUUAUUUAUAAUCAUGUAGCUUUGAUUGCUUGGUUGAGGAAGAGACCUGGUUGGACAGAUAUUGUACGUGUAGGAGCAACAAGAUUUGCUACUACUUUCCUUUCAUUUGGAAGCCUUCAUGUGCAUAAGCAUGACUUGCAAGCCUUAGUGACUAGCAAGUUCUUUGUGGACAAUAGAUUGGCAAGAGAGUCAAAGACAAAAGAAGUAGUUUCUAUCAUAUUGGAUAAUUCUUUUUAG